AAGAUAUUUACUUCGUCUGGCGGUGCUUAGCUCAAAGUGCAAGUAAUUACAAUGAAGAUAGUCGGCGAAUGGAAGAACAAAAGAGAAAAUAAAAGUUGUUGACUGUUACACCAGUUGUGCCCCAACAAUUUAACCUUUGACAUUUGACCUGUAAGUAGAAGCUGCACUAAAGAGUGGAUCAACAUGGCGGCCAAGCGGAGAGCUGGAAAUUAUCUGACAGAUAGGAACUGGGAAGAUGAGGAUGAAAAUGUUGAACAGGCAGGCACAUUUGAAACUGCGGGCAGCAAGGCAAUGGCCAAACGCGUCAUCAAGAAAGCAAGAAGACGAGUUAAAGCUGGGGAGACUGAAGAUGCUGAAGAUGAUGAUGUCGCUAAGCCGAGCCCAUUCGCUGGAUUCGCCUUCGGCGCCAACAAACCUUCUUCUGGAGGUUUCUCCUUCAAGUCCCAAACACCUGCUUCGUUCAGUUUGAAAUCAUCCACGGCAGAGAAACCCUCAGCAACAGACACAGCGGUUCCAACCACCAUUCCAACGGGCAUCUUUGGCGUAGCAAAGCCCUCCUCAACUAGUGAUACUAAUGGUACGAACGGGUCGAAUAAGUCGGGACCUCCAACGACGUCCACAAGUAGCAUGGAGUACGAGAAGAAAUUACAAAACUUAAACCUGUCGGUCAGUUCCUGGAUUCAAAAACAUGUGACUGAAAACCCGGUUUGCGAUCUCACCCCCGUUUUCGAGGACUACAAGAAACACCUCGCUGAAAUUGAGAAGCUGAAGACGACCGUGGAGACAAACCAGAGUGUUGCCAAGCCGUUAACGACAAGUACAGCAUCCAGCUUUUCCUUUGGAAAAUCCUCCGACGUGACCGAAGUGGUUACCUCAUCGAAAGUGGAUUUCUCUUUCAAAGCCAGUGCCGCGCCUUCUACAUCUACCCCCGCAAGCACGUUUUCUUUUGGGAGCAACGCCACUGGGAGUGGUUUUGGCUCCUCUGCAGCGACAACGGGGACCACUGGAUCGUUGUUCGGGUCAGCCCAGCCGUUUACAUUUGGCACGGCAAAAUCAACAGAUUCAACUAAAACAGAAUCACAAGUUCCUAAGCCGCAAGGGAAUGACGAGGAUUACGAGCCACCCAAAGUAGAAGUUAGUACGGUCACCGAAAAGGACUCCCUUUUCUCUAAGAGGUGUAAACUUUUCUACAAGAAAGGUGAUGGAUAUAAGGACAGAGGAGUUGGUUUGAUCCAUCUGAAGAAACCUGGAAAGUCAUUACAGCUACUUGUUAGGGCGGACACCAAUCUUGGGAACAUCUUACUGAACAUCAUGAUCCCUUCAGCUCUCCCCGUCAGCAGACAGGGUAAGAACAACCUCAUCAUCAUGACCCCGAUUAACCCCCCAGUGGAUCGCCUCUGCUCAAAGUGUAACAAGAAGUACCCCUCGCCCCAGGAGAGUAAUGUCUGCGACAACGGCUGCAGCCCUGAGGCAACCGCUCUUCUCAUCCGAGUCAAAUCCGGCGACGAGGCCGAUGAACUCCUCAAAGAAAUCAACAAGUUAAAAAAUGAGUAACCUGGUAAACUGGAGCCAGUACGAACAAUCUGGAGUACAGCGCCCUCUGUAGUUUCCCCAGGCACAUUUCUCAAACCUCGGCUUGGGCUCCGGCUCCGGCUCCGGCUCCAGGGGCCUCCGAUGUUCGAACCACCAGUGCGCGACCAAUACACACUGUCCCAAAUAGUUUCUACUGCGUACUCUGCGUGCAGAGCCCUAGCCUGAGUUUGUAUGGAGCCCAAGCCAGGGUUUGAGAAAGGCCACCAAUGAGGCCAUUUUUCCAUCAUGGGAAAAGAUAUUUCUUGUCAUCUCGCAGUACCCGCCGCAGUCGCAAGUAUUUUUAAGAGGCUGGCGAAUGUAUUUCUCAUUCGUGUCGGCGAUUUAAAGAUCACUGAGUUGCGAGGGUGGUUAUGUUUAGUUGACCGAUUUUCUGAUAAUAAUGUUAUGAAUUUACUGGCCUGACACAAAAACCACUGGCCUCAGACCGGUGGUUUGAGCCUUGGGGUCGAUUUCACAAAGAGCUAAGAUUUAUCUUAACUUUUUCCUCAUAGAGGGAAAGUUGAUCACCUGCCGUGGGUUUAUAUAAAUAGUGUUGAGCUGUCAACUCCCCUUAAUUCUGCAGAAAGUUCCCUGAAAAUAAACAAAUCUUUCCAAUUUAUGAUGAACAACUUCGAACAGCUCCCUGAUUAUGGAAAACUUGUACCCAACAUGUUGAAUGCAUUCUAAAUGCCCCCCUGAUUGCAAGAUGCAAAUGGUGCCAGCUCUGAAAAUAAACCAAUCUUUCCUUGCUCUGAUGAACAAUUGAAAAUAUCCCUCAAUAUGGAAACUUUGUCCCUAUUAUGUUAAAUGUAAGUAGGAUUUGAAACUUUGCAUGGUGAAAAUACGAUAUGGAAAGGUUUGCGGCAACACCAUGUAAUGACUAUCUCUAAUGAGUUGGGGUGGUUCUGAAAAGAACCGUUGGUUUCAACUCAACAAUUCGAGUAUGAAUGUAUUUCUAAAGAUUUGUCCCUGUUUGUUAUACAAAACUCCCUGAUUGCUAGACGCAAUUGUUGGCAGCUCUUCACAGUGGAUGUGUUUAUAAAAUUCACUUGUCAACAAUAUUUUUAUUACUUACUUGUUUGCCUCUGUAUAUAUUGUAAAACAAUCGAAGCAAAUAUAAAACUAUUAUUGGAAUAUAAAAGCCAUUUACGGUAAUUUCAAUUAAUGAAUGAAUUUAAUGUUUUCCAAACAUUUGCUCAGGGGAGCUUAACAAAAACAAAAAUACAAAUGAUUUGAAAUCUGAAAGAAAAGUCUGCCUAGUACAGUGGUACGGUAUUCCAUUAAAAAUAAUUAAGCAGAGCAUUUAGACAAAUGUCCUGUUUUAGUACAUUUUCCAAAUACAUUGUAUAACCAUCACCUUUUUAAAUCUAUAUGUCUAACUAUUAUUAGCAGGUUCAAUACUUCACAUUGGCAAUAGGCUUGUCAUGUGAAUGAUGCCAAUUUGCACUAUAUGCUUUGUCUUUGAAAGAGCAAAGGCACCAAGGCAUUUUCUCCUUGGUAAAGGGCACCCUAUGAAGAAAUUCUACUGGAGCAUUUUAAGGGCA